AUGGCGAUUUACCUCGUAGAUGAUGGCCUUCAGGAAGUUUUCGAUGAACAUAAAAUCUGUUUGAAGAUGCGAUGUCAAUCUGUGACUGAGGGAACUGAUAAAACAGGAGGUGAAACUCUCCUCAACGCAAUCUACACUGAGCUCUACAUCACAGAGGGACAGAGUGAGGAGGUUAAUACCCAACAUGAAGUGAGUCAACUUGAGACAGCUUCAAACAAGAAGACCCUCCAUGAUGCUCCAAUCAAGUGUUGUGACAUCUUUAAAGCCUUACCUGACCAAAAGAGACCCAUCAGAGUGGUUCUGACCUACGGUGUUGCUGGCGUUGGAAAAACCUUCUCAGUGCAGAAGUUCACUCUGGACUGGGCAGAAGGUUUGGAAAACCAAGACAUCAGUGUGGUGAUUCUGCUUUCAUUCAGGGAGCUGAACCUGAUCAGAGAUGGGCAUGAUAAAAUAUCUCCCGACAGAAGCAUUAACAUUUUCCACUGUCUGAUGGAGAUGAAUGACCUCUCAGUACAUCAGGAGAUCCAAGAGUUCCUUAACUCAGAGAACAGAUCAGAGAAGAGACUCUAUGAAAUCCACUGCUCAGCUCUGGCCUACAUGCUGCAAAUGUCAGAAGUUCUGGAUGAAUUGGACCUGAACAAGUACAACACAUCAGAGGCAGGGCGACAGAGACUGAUCCCAGCCGUGAGGAACUGCAGAAAGGCUCUACUUUCUGACUGUGGAAUUUCAAAGACUCACUGUGAAGUCUUGGCCUCAGCCCUGAAGUCCAAUUCCUCCCAUCUGAUAGAGUUAGAUCUGACCUUCAAUGAGCUGGAGGACUCGGGACUGAAACUGCUCUCUGUAGGACUGGAGAGUCCACACUGCAAACUGGAGAUCCUGAAACUGUGGCACUGUGGAUUGUCAGAGAUUAGCUGUGCUACUCUGAGCUCAGCUCUGAAGCUCUCCAACCCCUCCCGUUUGAGACAUCUGGAUCUGAGUUACAACAAGCUGCAGGAUUCUGGAGUAAAGCAGUUGUGUGGUUUUCUGGAGUGGCAACACAGUCAGUUGGAAACUCUGAGACUAAGGGAGUGCUCUUUGUCAAAGGCCAGUUGUACUUUUCUGUGCUCAGCGCUGGAGUUAAACCCCUACCACCUGAGAGAGCUGGUCCUGAGUAGAAACGGCCUGCAGGAUUCAGAUAUGAUUCAGCUGGUGAAUCUUGUGAAUAAUUCAAAAUACAGACUGGAGAAUCUGUGCUGGCACGAAUUGUCGGUAACAGUUGUCUGCUGAGCUAUGACGAGCUCUGCCCUGAUGAUCUGGAGAGUUUUAAACAGCAGCAGGAAUUUGUGCAUUAGCAUACCCUGACUCGGCCAUGGAGUCAGAAGAAAAACUUCAACCAGCAGUGACUUCUAGAGGAAUCAAAAGAAGUAUAAAUGACUGUGUUUCAGUGUGAACUGCCCUAAGAAGUGCAGACUCAAUAAGAAUUAUUCACAGACAUUAUGCAAACACAUAUAUGUGCUUAAACUGUGCAUAUGAGUGUUUCUCCUGCUAAUCUGGGAUUCUGUUCUCUUUUCCUGAGCUUGCUUGUAAUGAGCAGGCAUAUUUAGAACUACGACAGACUAUGUGUCUAUACAAAAGAUGAACUGUCUUAGAAAGUAUAUUUAAUAUUUAUCUGUUCAAAAUGUAUUUAAAUUAGAGUCCACCCUUACUGGUAGUUAGUUACACUCAUUUCUCGAUGAUGUCCUGGUUAUAGAUGAUGGACUGGUUGGUCCUUGUUUGGACCUGCUUACUUCUUUUCUUCUGGUUUGCUAUGAUUUAACACUUUUAAAUGUCAAACUUUUCUUUUAAACUUGAGCCACAGCCUUUGUCUUAGAUAAUAAAACAUUCAUCUGUGUAAACAAUAUAUUAUAUAUACUGUAAGUCAGUGAAUCCUGAUGAAUAUACCAUCAUCCCUGUGUUUUAUAAACCUGAUAGAGUAUAAA